AUGACCCCUUCACUCGAACACGUUUUCACAAUGAGGAUGUAUACAUCCCCAGACAAAGCCCUUGUCAUCCCAGAAGCCAAGGGCAACAACCACCGCAUUAUCGCCUUCUUGACGCAUGGUCACAUCAAAGGUAGUGGUCUCGAGGCAGAGCUUCUCCCUGGUGGCGCCGAUUGGAUCUUGCGUGAUCCCGACACAAACACCGGGCAUCUCGACGUCCGAGUUCAAUUCCGAUCAAAAGAAGGCCACGGUAUUUACAUCCACUUCAAGGGCGUUCUACAGAUUGAUGAAAAAUGGAUGGAAGUCUUUACUGGGGGCCCGAAGGCUCGAACUCUCGAGUUUGGAGAGAACGAAUGGCUGGGAUCUCCCAUCAUUGAAACCAGCCAUCCUGAGCUAAAAUGGGUAGAGCGCUCCGCCUUUGUCAGUGAGCUGCGUUGGUUCAUUGAUGAUGAUGGCUCUAUCGCUGUUGAGAAUGCUGUUUACAAGGUCAAGCCGAGCAGAGUAUGA